UUUAAUAGAUCGAUUUUUUCGCUCAUUUUGCUUUUUUCAUCGCGAGUGAAAUCGACAAUCAUGUAUGGCGCGUUGUUCGUGACAUUUUUUCUGACAGCCUACGUGUCGAGUGUUUUUUCAGAAACUCAAGUCAAACCGUGUAAAACUGCUCCGGUCGUUCCUGCUGUUUUUGAAAUAACAGGCUGCCCUACUCCGCCAUGCACCGCCAAAAAAUUAACUAGUAUGCAUGCUGAAAUCACGUUUACACCUGAUCAGGAUUAUGAAAAAUUGUACAGCAUUCUCGAAGGUAUGGUGAUGGGAGUUAUCACCGGAUUUCCAGGAGUGCAUGGCAACGAUAUUUGUGGUAGCAUAUACACUAUGCCAGGCAAAGUGAAGUCAAGUUGUCCUUUGAAAGCCGGCCAAGAAUAUCUUUACGUCCUCGAUUUACCCAUAGAAAAACAUUUCUUGAAAAUCACUGUAAAUACACGCUGGGGCGCGAGAGAUAAGAAAACUAAAAAGGAUGUUUUUUGCGGCGAAAUAAUGUUGAAAAUAGUUUAAUUCAUUCGAUGAAACUUCCGACGAGUAUUAUUGAAACUCGUUGCCGUUUGGAUGAGCUAUCCACUCAUAAAUUUGUAUGGUUGUUUGAAAAAACUUGAGUCAGUGUUGUCAGUUUAAAACAGCACCAUAUGUUUAAAACGUUUAAAACAGUGUUUUAAACGUCGAGAAAAAAACAGACAGUGUUUAAAACAAAAUUCUGUUUAAAAUGUUUUUUUUUGUUUUAAACAAGUUUUUUUUUCAACUCCGAUUUCCUAAAAAAAACACGUUUUUUUUUCAAUUUCUCGUUGAAAAAGUUGUGAAAUUGAAGGAACUGAAUUUUUAGAUUUUCAUUCUUCUUCCUGUACUUUUUUUUAAAGGCAAAUUUUGUGUUUUGAUUUCAAUUUUUCAAUAUUUCUUGAGCCUUAUAGCUUUUUUAUGACGUCACAUCUUGAAAGUUGAUGACUAUAGAUAACGUAUAUUUGAAAAACUAAAUCCAAAACAAAUGAAUUUGUGUUAAAAACGUGUUUAAAACAUAUUUUAAACAUGUUUAAAACACGUUUAAAACAAAUGAGAAUCCAGCAGUUUAAAACUCUGUUUUAAACAAAAAAAACGUUUUAAACAAAAAAAACUGUUUGUUUUGUCUUUUUUAAAAAAAACCGUUUUUUUUCCAACACUGACUUGAGUACCUAGACCUAUACUUAUUUUUACAUUUAUUAUAAUAAGCGAUUCCUUCAUUUUGUUCUCAAUAUUCGUAUAUGUACGGUACAUCUAGACACAGAAAUUUUUAUACGUUGAUUUACAAUAAAAAAUAUAGGUACGUCUAA